AAAACUACACAACAAACUCUCUCUCUCUCUCUAGGUUCACAUGCAGUCCUUUCAUCACACUCUACUACGAGCAAAGACAAGAGACUUCCCUCUUUCUAGUCUCUACCCAUUAAAAAAAAUCGAAUAAUUAAGUGGCCCUCAAAAAAAAAAAUCAAAAAAGUCCCUCUGUCGCUCUCUCUCUCAAGGUUCACAUGCACUCCUUCCAUUACACUUCACUAUGAGCAAAGACAAAUCAUCAUUCCAUUUAACCUCUCUCUCUCUCUCUCUCUCUCUCUCUCUCUCUCUCUCUCUCUCUGAUAUUUACUUGGCUCUCCAGAAUCCCCACAGGAUACGAAAUCAUGGCCGUUGGAUUCCUUAAAGCCUCAUCCCUUUAAUUUGUUGUUUUCUUCCCAGUGAAUAAAUUCUCCCAUCCCCACAAUGUAACAACUAACAACACAUAUCUACUUUAUUUCUGUGUUGCACAUAUGCAUAUUCCAUCCUCUUGUUUUUUGCUCCAUUAAUGGCGGCAAUCGACCACCACGAAGCCAACGGUGAAAAUGGGAUUGUCGGCAGGCGAGAUAUUGAAGCCGCCAUGGCAAAAGCCGUGGAGCUCAGGGCUCUUCAUGCUUCAAUGUUGCACUCUGCUUCCCCUCUCUCCCGCCAUGCCACCUACUUUUCUGCCCAAGAUUAUCCAGUUUUUACCCCAAGUUACGAGGAGGAACCAUUGACAGGGUAUCGGCAAGCUCUGCCGGAAAAUCCUCAAAACUGGAAGGAUUACAAUUUGGAUGCCAGAAACCACAGUCAAACCAUGCCAUCAGAUUACAGAAGUGCAAAUGCUUCUUCAAGGAAAGGGUAUAGAGAUGGAGCAGACGACGAAAACUCCGUGGUAGGUUCUUGUUCCAACAACAUUGGUGGUGUACCAGAUUACUCCAAAUCGAGGAGGACUAGUUUAGGAGACAUGGAAUCGGUGUCAUCUUGCAAGCCGGCAGCUGCCGACGAUGCGAUGAAGAGCAGCAGGAAGUCCAACAUGGUGGUGCCAUUGACGGACUCGCACUCCUCGCUCCACUCGAACCCGAGGCACAAAGGGCUGAGCCUGUCGUGGCUCUUUCCGAAGCUAAAGAAGAAGGGAAACUCAUCGCCGGCCGAGGAGGUAUCCCAAAUGCUCAGCGACUUGGGAGUGCUGACCAUGGAUGCAUUGAGGAAGGAGCUGACCGAGGCACACCAGAGCAGAGACGCGGCCCUGCUUGAGGCCGCCGAGAUGAAGAAAUCGCUCAGGGAACUCGCCCAGAAGCUCCACUACCUGGAGGCCUACUGCGAGGACAUGAAGAAGGCCUUGAGACAAGCUGUGCAGGUGAAGGCCUCUUUGGCUGCUGAGAAAUCUGUAAGCCUUCCAAAGAGAGGGAAUGCAAACACAGAGAGCUCAAUGCCUGUGAGUGAAGAAGCAAUGGUGGAGGGCUUCUUGCAGAUGGUGUCGGAAGCGAGGCUCUCCGUGAAGCAGUUCUGCAAGACCCUCGUAGCGCAGAUUGAAGAAACGGAUCACACUCUGCUCGACAAUCUCAACUCGCUGCUCCAACCUCACAACCUCUCCCUCGACACAAAACACUCCAAAGCAGUUCUCCAUCAUUUGGAGGCCAUCAUCAACGCUUCACUCUACCAGGACUUCGAGAACUGCGUGUUCCAGAAAAACGGGACACCCAAGCUGCUCGACCGCCACAACGAAUGCCAAGCACGCUUCCACCUAUUCGUUGCGCUGAGGAACCUGAGCUGGAACGAGGUUCUGAGGAAAGGGACCAAGUAUUACAGCGAUGAGUUCAGCAGGUUCUGUGAUCAGAAGAUGAGCGGCAUCAUCGUGGCUCUCGGGUGGACGAGGCCGUGGCCGGAGCAGCUCCUCCAGGCGUUCUUCGUCGCGGCCAAGUGCAUCUGGCUGCUCCAUCUGCUCGCUUUCUCCUUCAGCCCACCGUUGGGUAUUCUGAGAGUCGAGGAAGGAAAGGCGUUCGAGCCGCGUUUCAUGGAGGAUGUCUUUGCGAGCAGGCAGAGGGCGCCGGGGCCGACCAGGGUCCAGAUAAUGGUCAUGCCUGGAUUCUAUAUGCAUCAUCAAGUGCUUAGAUGUAAGGUUCUUUGUACAUAUAAACCACUUGUCUAAUUUCUAAGUUGCUUGUGUGUAUUAUUGUCACAGUAAUUUCUUCAAAUAAGUUUUUCACACUGAUUGAUU